AUGGCCCUCCUGCUCCCUCUACUGGCCGUCCUGGUGGUGUGCAGCUGUGGCCCUGCUGGAUACCUGGGUUGUGACCUUCCUCAGAACCACGGCCUGCUUAGCAGGAAGACCUUGGUGCAUCUGCGCCUGAUGAGGAGAAUCUCCCCUUUUUCGUGUCUUCAGGACAGAAACGACUUCAGAUUCCCCCGGGAGGUGGUGGAUGGCAGCCGGUUGCAGGAGGCCCAGGCCGUGUCUGUCUUCCACGGGAUGCUGCAGCAGGUCUUCAACCUCUUCCACACAGAGCGCUCCUCUGCUGCCUGGAACACCACCCUCCUGGACAAACUCCUCGCUGGACUUCAUCAGCAGCUGGAACAUCUGGAGACCUGCUUGGUGCGGGCGGUGAGAGAGGAAGAGUCUGCCGGGGUGACUGAGGGCCCUGCAAUGGCCUUGAAGAGGUACUUCCAGGGAAUCCGGCUCUACCUGAAAGAGAAGAAAUACAGUGGCUGUGCCUGGGAAGUUGUCAGAGUGGAAAUCAUGAGAUCCAUUUCUUUAUCAAAAAAACUUUCAAGAACAACUGAGAAGUAAAGAUAAAGACCUGGGCUCA